ACUUAUCAUCGCUUGUCAUCACCUCAAUUCAUUUCUUUAGUCACCACAACCAUCCUUCUGCUGCCUUGACCUACGCCUACAACACCCAUCAUCAUGGAUGACGCCCUUACUGUCAUGAACCUCUUCAGCACGACCAACAUGGGUCUUGCCGGAAGAUCCCAGGUCGACCCUGCCAUUCUGGUAGCUCUGUUCGGGAUAGCGCAGGUUAUGGGGGCACCCAUUUCGACCUUUGGAACUCCGAAACAAGAUGUCAACGUGAUCACUCUCCAGAACAAACUGAAUACCGCCGGCACUCAGCUUCGGGAGAUCCAGGACAGCUUGAAUCCCAUAGUGUACCAAUGCGGCAAGGACGUCAUCGACAAGCUCGAGAUGGCCAUGACCAAGCUCUACAGGCUGGCCGUCUUCAUCCGUGGCGAUUACGACAAUCGCGAGCCGGACACCACCCAGCGAGAUGAGCUUCUCGAGCAGGCCGUCCAGGCAUUCAAGGAGGUCGAGGACCGUGCGCAGGGCGGCUUGGAGAAGGUCGGCCAGCUCCACGCCCAGGUCAUGGAGAUUGAGAACAUGGUCAUCAACCCGGCCAAGCAAGAUAUUGACCUUUUGCUCGAGAACAACGACAACGAGUUGAAAAACGUGCAAGGCCAGAUCGCCAACGCUGAAAAAAGCUUCAGUGUCCUGCAAGACAGCAUAAAGAAGCAGUCGCAGGCAGUCAGUCGUCUUCAUGACAAGAUUUCUAGCAGCAAAGAUGCUAAGCUGGCCAGCGAUAUCUUUUUCUCCAUCAUCACCCUCGGCAUCGGCAACGCCAUCAACAAGGGCCCACUCGACCCCUUCCACCUACAACGCGAACUAGACGAAGCCAACCGGCUCUUAGAAGAUGCCCAAAGAAAGUACAAAGAAGCAUCAAACGAGCUGGACAAGUUGCGGGUGAAGCGCACGACGUUGGACACUCGACUGAGCGCCGCGAAGCAGACCGCGGCGCUCAUCCCAGGAGUCUCAACGUUGGCAGACACCACCAACACCAACUGCAUCAUGCUGCAGCAUCGGUUUGGGCCCCUCAAGGACAGAUCAGCCCAGCUGUUGCUCUCGGUGGGAAAAAUCCAGUCAGAUGCCACGGUGACCAAGGCCCUGGCCUACAGCAAGAAGGAAUUCGCUGUUGGGCUGCUGGAGAUUUGCAGGGACUCGCUCAUGGAUCAGGCGCUUCUGGAUGAGGCGACUAUGAUCAGGGAUGAGGUGAUGAAUGAGUACGGGGCCGCUAUCCCUGAUGAGGUUCAAGAGAUGUCUUCUGAAACUUCUGAGAGGAUGAGUCUCGUUGUUACGGUUCCCAGUAUCCGUGCCUGA